UUAAAAUUCUAUCUGAAGUCAUUAAGAUGGUUCAGAAAAAUUUCAGUCAGAGGAGGUACAUAUUCUUUUUCUAGAGGAACUUAUAUCUCUGGCUAAAUAUUUCUCCUCUUCCUGUACUUGGUAAAUCUAUUAUUUUGUUAAACUUUAGUUGCAUUAAAAAAUUUUUUUUUGAGACAGUCUCACUUUGUCACCCUUGGUAGAAUGUCUGUAGUGUCUUAGCUGACAGCAACCUCAAACUCUUGGGUUCAAAAUGAUCCUCUUGCCUCAGCCUCCCAAGUAGCUAGGACUACAGGUGCCCACCACAGUGCCGGGCUAUUUUUUAGAGACAGGGUCUAGCUCUGGCUCAGGCUGGUCUUGAACUUGUGAGCUCAGGCAAUCCACCCACCUUGACCUCCCAAGUGUUGGAAUUACAAGCAUGAGCCACCACACCCGGCCCAGUAAAAUUUUGUUUAAAAAAGUAAGCAUCCCUAGCGCAGCACCCGUAACACAGUGGUUACGGCACUAUCCACAUAUACCAAGGCUGGUGGGUUCAAACCCAGCCUGGGCCAGCUAAACAACAAUGAUAACUGCAACAACAACAACAAAAUAGCCUGGUGUUGUGGUGAGUGCCUAUAGUCCCAGCUAUUUGAGAGGUUGAGGCAGGAGAAUCGCUUUUAAGCCCAAGAGUUUGAGGUUGCUGUGAACUGUGAUGGAACAGCACUCUAUUGAGGGCGACAUAGUGCAACUCUGUCUCAAAAAAAAGAAAGUAAACAUUUCCUAUAAUCACUGGAAUGUUUAAGAAAUUCUGGUGCAGUGGUGAUAUACUAAUUUUUAAAAUUCCUUAACUUUUUUUUUUGUUUUGGUACAGGUAUAUAUCUCAGUUUAUCGCCCUCAGUAGAGUAUGGUGGUGUCACAGCUGACAGCAACUGCAAACUCCUGGGCUUAGGUGAUUCUCUUGCCUCAGCCUCCUGAGUAGCUGGGACUACAGGCACCCGCCACAAUUCCCGGCUAUUUUUUUGUACAGUUUGGCCAGGGCCGGGUUUGAACUCACCACCUUUGGUAUAGGGACCGGUGCCCAGAAUUUAUUAAUAUUCUAAUGUUUCCUAUUGAAGCUAAGCUUGAAAACUUCAUAGCACUUCUGCUAUUUUUUUCUUUUUAAAAUUUAUUUUUUUGUUUUAUUAAAUCAUAACUGUGUACAUUGAUGCAUUUGUGGGGUUCAGUAUACUGAUUUGACAUGCAAUGUGAAAUGCUUACAUUGCACUGAUUAACACAUCCAUCACAAUUAUACUAUUUUCUUAAUAGAUUUGAAAUGUACCAUUGCAUCAUGCAUAUUAGGUGAGGUCCCCCAAAUACCCUCCCUCCUCCCACCUCUUCCCUCCACUCCCUCCCCUUCCCUCUCUCUCCUCUUCCCUUCUGCUUUCUGGACUAUAGUUAUGUUUUACCAUUCAUAUGAAUGUGUAGAUGAUUAUAUAUUGAUUUUUUUUUUUUGAUACAGAGUCUUGAACUAUUGCCCUGGAUACAGUGCCAUAGCAUCAUAGCUCACAGCAACCUCCAACUCUUGGGCUCAAGCUAUCCUCUUGCCUCAAUUUUUCUAUUUUUAAUAGAGACGGAGUCUCACUUUUUGAUCAGGCUGGUCUUGAACCUGUGAGUUCAAGCAAUCCACCCAUCUCGGCUUUUCAGAGUGCUAGGAUUACAGGCGUGAGCCACUGCACCUGGCUUUAUGUAUUGAUUUCAUAGUAGUAUGGAGUAUAUUGGAUACUUUUUCUCCAUUCUUGAGAUACUUUACUAAGAAGAAUAUGUUCCAGCUCCAUCCAGGGACUGUUGACAUUCAGGGAUGUGGCCAUAGAAUUCUCUCCAGAGGAGUGGGAAUACCUGGACCCUGCUCAGCAGAAUUUGUAUAGGGAUGUGAUGUUAGAGAACUACAGAAACCUGGUCUCUCUGGUAGAACUUGCCAUCUCUAAGCUGGACCUGGUAACCUUUUUGACACAAAUUGAAGAGCCCUGGAAUGUGAAGAGAGAGGAGACAGUAGCCAGACACUCAGCACUACAUACUAAAGGAAGCAAUAACCAGUCUUUGGAAAGCCCCAGAGAAAUUCAGGACAUUGGAUAUAGGAUUGGAUUAAGUGUUCAGUCAAAUAUUUCUGAAGACCAGAGAUUUAUAAUUGAACAGAAUAUAUUUAAAUGCGAUCAAUUUGAUGCAUCCAUUAUAAAAAGUUUCAUAUUCUUCCACCAACAAAUAAUACCAUUUUGUACCAAAAUUUACAACUGUGAUCAGUAUGAUAAGGUGUUUACCCAGUCGUCAUUGCUUAAUCGAUAUCAAGGAAUAGAUAAUUGGGGAAAACAUUACAUAUCUGAUAAGACUUUGAUGUCUUUUAUCCAAGACUCUUCUGUAAAUAAUUACCAAGAUACUUAUUUUGGUGAGAAAAGUUAUCAGUGCAAUGAACCUGAAAAAACCUUGAACCAAGACUCUUGCUUAAGAAAAUAUCAGAAAUCUCAAUAUCCAGACUUUCCUUACAAAUGUACAAAAUGUGAAAAAGUCCUUAAUCAAGGUUUAAAGUUUAUUAGCAGUGAGACUAUCCACAUUCCAGAGUAUUUUUACAAAUGUAAUGAAUGUAUGGAAGCUUUCACCCCAUCAGGAAAACAUUUUCAAAAUCAGGGAAUUCAUCUUAGAGACAAUUCAUACAGAUGUAAUAAAUGUCAGAAAGUUUUUAUUCAGUCAUCCAAUCGAAGACAACAUAGCAUAAUCCAUACUGAAAAAACCUUUUGCAAAUGUAAAGAACACGGUGAAACCUUUAAUAAGAGUUCACAAAUUCAGCAACAUCAGAAACUUUAUACUGGAGAAAAACCUUACAAUUCUAAAAGAGGUAGUAAAUUCUGUACUUGCUCCUCAAAUCUUACUGUGCAUCAAAGAAUUAAUCUUAGAGAGAAACGCUACAAAUGUAAAGAAGGUGGCAAAGCCUUUAAUAACAGUUCAAGCCAUACUCAACAUCAGAGAGCUCGUACUGGAAAAAAAACAUACAAAUGCAAAGAAUGUGGCAAAGCCUUUAACUGUAGUUCCAAUGGUACUCAACAUCGGAGAAUUUAUACUGUAGCAAAACCCCACAAAUGUGAACAAUGUGGCAUAUCCUUUGCUCAGCUGGGGGGUCUUAAACAACAUCAACAAAUUCAUACUGGAGUGAAACCCUACAAGUGUGAGGAAUGUGGCACAUCCUUUACUAGAUUUUCAAUCCUUAGACAACAUCACAGAAUUCAUACUGGAGAAAAACCCUACAAAUGUGAAGAUUGUGGCAAAGCCUUUAUCUGUAGUUCCAGCCUUACUCAACAUCAGAGAAUUCAUACUGGAGUGAAACCCUAUAAAUGUAAAGAAUGUGGGAAGACAUUUAACCGUAGUUCCCACCUUACUCAACAUCAGAGAAUUCAUAGUGGAGUGAAACCCUACCAAUGUAAAGAAUGUGGCAAAGCCUUUUACUGUAGUUCACACCUUACUCGACAUCAGAGAAUUCACACCGGAGAAAAACCCUACAGUUGUAAAGAAUGUGGUAAAUCCUUUAACCAGUCUUCAAGCCUUAGAGAACAUGAGAGAAUUCAUACAAAAAAGAAGCCCUACAAAUAUAAAGAAUAUGACAAAAUCUUUUACCGUGGUUCACAACUCACUCAACAUCAGAGAAUUCACACUACAGAAACUCUAUAGAUGUAAUAUAUGUCAAAAGAGUUUUGAUAAAUCACCAUACAGUUCAUAGGAAAAUACACUUUACUGUUAUAAUAAAUGUGGGGCCAUAUACGUGUAUAAUCAAAACAUAAGUCUGUGUGCAUCAAGGGAUUCACAUUAGUAAAAACUAAAGCAUACUUUGUAAUUUUAAACUAACCCAGAGUAUUUGCCAUAGGCUGUAAUGGGAAGUCAAAGCAAUUAGAUAAUUUAUUUGGCUGUAUUUAUCUUUUCUUUUUUUUCUUUUUUCUUUCUUUCUUUUUUUUGAGACAGAGCCUUAAGCUAUCUCCCUGAGUAGAAUGCUGUGGCAUCACAGCUCACAGCAACCUCCAACUUCUCUUGCCUCAGCCUCCCAAGUAGUAGGGACUACAGGCACCUGCCACAACGCCCGGCAAUUUUUUAGUUGUAGUUGUCAUUGUUUGACAGGCCCCGGGCUGAAUUUGAACCCGCCAACUCUGGUGCAUGGCUGGCGCCUUAGCUGCUGGAGCUACAGGUGCCACCCUUGGCUAUAUUUUUCAAAAGAGCAAGAACAUUGAUUUAUGGACAGGUAAAAUUAUAUUCAGUGGGUAUAUUGAUAGUUUUUGAAAUUUUUCAAAAGCAACUAUCAUUGUGAUGUAAUUGAGUUCUCAAAUUACAUGAUGCUAUACUUUAAAUCUAUAGUGUUUAUAGGAAAAUGCAUCAUCUCCCGUUUCUCCAUAAGAGGUAUGAGAGGCCAUUCAAUAUUAGGUAAAUGUGAUACCAAUUUUUUUCUUGAAAGUUUAAUGGCAAAUGUAAAAUACAUUAAGAAAAUCUAAAGAAACAUGAUUUUGUGCUUUAAUUAUAAAAUAAUGAUGCAUGUAAACUGUAUGUAUGUAUUCAGGGCAUUUUUCUGUGUUAAAGUAAGAGAGAAACAUUUUGAAUUUUCAACGUGCAUUGUUUUAUGAAUUGCUCCUUAUUACAAAAAAAAAAAAACUGGCCAGUUAGUUAACAUGCUGGCAUAUCUUUAUAAUAGAAUGAAAUAGCAUAUUGAAUAUUAUUUGAUGUGAUAGAGAACAUAGAAAUAUUGAAUGUUUUGAUAUGACAGAAAUAAGUAUAUCUUUAAAGAUAUCAGAGGAAAGGGAAGAUAACUCCUGUUGGACAGGUUGUAUAUGUAAUUCAAAUCAAAGUGCACUAAAUAAUUAGCCUUACUCUUUAAAGUGAGCAUAAUUUUAAGAUUACUGUAUUAGACCAAAAAAAAAAAUGGUUCUUGACUGCUUGUAGCCAGAGAGCAUAUAGUGGAUUUUAAGACGCUAUUGGUUAAUUAUUUGUUUUGAUUAAUAAAACUAAAUGUUUUUUAAUGUUUCAACUCUUAUGUACAAUGAAUGAAAUGUUGCCCUGCCACCAAUGUCAAAGCAUUUUACCUUGUCCAAGAUUGUAGUUAAACAGGUGAAAAUAAUGUAUUAUUGCAUAACACAGUAGAAUGACUUUUCUAGUAAUCUCUUCUUCUGAAGCCCUAAAGUUCUAAUAAUUUGGAGAAUAUUGUUUUCAUAGUUGCAAUUUUUUAUCACUUUCUCUUUUUUAUUACUAUGGAAAUAUUGUGAUGCUUAUAAUAAAGAUUAUUUGGGAAUAUAAUUUAAAUCAAUACCUUUAAAUCCUAAAUAUUCAUAAAAUUUUCCCCAGUUUUUUCCUUUGCACAUCGCUUUUAUCUGGGCCAAGUGAACACAAAGAUUACUGUGUUUUGAUUUACAUUGAGUGCAAUAUACAAUAUAUCAAGCUACAAUUAAACUUCAUACAAGAGAACUAUAAAGAAAAAUCCGUGUGUGUGUGUGUCUAUCCUACCUACUACCUUCAGAAGGAAAUGAAAAUAGUGGAUCAGAACAUAAUUUCAGAAGACUCGCUGAUUUACAGGCAAACUAGAUCUUACAAAUUCCCAAGGCAAACUUACGUUCUCUACUGUAUAUCAAAUUUAUUUCUCACUAAUCU